UAUCUUUUUGCUGCCUCUUAGCUAUGGCAAUUUUUCUUGACUGAAGUUAGUUGUCCAAUAAUCAGAAAGGUAUGGAAAAAUCUGAAAUGCUGACAUAGUUCAUGAUAGCUUUUAACUGAUUAACCUUGUUGUCUUAAAUAAAAAAUAGAACCCAUUUGAUCAUUUCAUAUGCUAAAUUGGGGUCCUUUCCCUGUGUAGGGGCCAGGAUAAUUGGCCUCCUCUUUUAAAAACAUCCAAAACCCAGUUCCUUCCUUCCUUCCUUCUUCUAUGCCCUUUUAAUUGAUACAACAUGAAUGCAAUGUGUCCUUAAAAAAACCAAAAUCCACCUGUGGAACUAGAACUGCUGCAAAUGUGAAUAUUCUGUUUGUUAUUAACUUUCCUGCAUGCCUCACACUUCCUCGUAACUCUUGCACAGCCUCAGGGGUGAGGUUUUGCAUGAAUUAAACUCUUUGGCUGCAGGUGAAUUCAAGGUGUCCAAGCAUAGCGGGAAUUAACUUUCUCCACCCACAGAUCUGGAUUCAACAUUUGACUUUGCGUUGAGUACCUCCCCUUCUACUGCUGGUUGAUGCUGGUAGCUUUGGGACUCAUUGGGACAACUGUUGCUGCUGGGAUCCCAAAUCCUGAAAUGGAGCCAUUGAUCUGUAUUGCCUUCUCUAUUCUUUUGCUCUCUUCAGCUUGCCAGAACGCAUUUUCAAAAGAGAUGGAAGUAGAAUCUACCAACUUUUCAUGUUCUCAUCCUGAAUUCUGCUCCGAAGCAACCACUUGUUGCCAGAUUGGUAUGGAUGGGUACGGUUGGAUUGCUGCAGCAGUUGGCUGGAGUCUUUGGUUUCUCACCCUUAUCAUCUUCUGCAUUGAUAAAAUGACCAAGCUCAGGCCUGAUGAAUCCAAAUAUUAGGAAGCACAAUGCUAAGUAAAACCAACUCACACUUCUUGAUGCCUUUCACAAGGCAGUUGGAUGGAGAAAAUAACCUCAACUAUUCAAUUGCUGACGUUGGUGCUUUCUACCAAAACGACCCAAGUAUGAUGCCCACGAAGAGGAUUAUGGUUUUAAUCCUGCUCCCAACUUGGCAACACUGGACAAGAGAACCACUGCUCUGGUUUGCAGAAAUAUUUGCAGUCCUAUGAAGCAAGAAUGUGCACGUCCUUUUCUUCUGGUUGUGAAUUGAACAGCUAUCACUGAAAGGACCAUUUGUCCUCUAUCUUAAGUGGCUUAAGAGUCAGCUAGCUGACAUUUCCUUCUGCUGACACAGAUGGUGAUAAUUUGUCAGGGUCAUGACUGGAAUCAAAGCUUGUAGCUUUUUAGUUUUUAUUUUCUUUUUCCCUUUCUGAAUCUGAGCCAGGGAUGAUGUAAACUAGUCAGAGCUUGCUGGGGAAUCCAAAUGUUUUCGGUUCUGGGGAAUAUCAACACUGUAGUAUAGUCAACACUGAAACAAGGUGCUUGCAAAACAACCAAAUUGUGUUUCUAUUCUCUUCCUCCUCAUUUCUCAAUGGCCCUAUUGUGAGUGCUGUUUAAUAACCCAGGGUCUUUCCAUUAUGUUAUGAAAAUUGUGGCAUGCGUAAAAUAGUCCUAAAAAAGCCAGGAAGGAUGUCAGACAUGCUUAAGAAAGUUGUUGUAUGUAAUAAAGAAUGGUUAUACUGUA